AUCGUUAUUGUCUUGCCUCGUUCUUUAUUUUCCUCGCAUGAUCUCUUCAAUUGGUUUCUGGGUUUCGAUUUGGCUUGAUAUUGGAUUAGUUUAAUCACGAAGGUUUAAGCUUUUCUGAAAUUAUUGUCUGCAGUUUGCUUAAUCGAUCCUAAGUGUCUAUUGAAUCAUGCUUUAGGAGUAGAUUUCUGUUGGGUUCUAGUUUUGCUUUCCUUUUCUAUUUGAUCCAUGUUGUUAUCGUGCCGAAGUUUACUACCAACGUUGUUCUUCAGAUUCGAUAUACAAUCACUAAAAUAUCUAAACAUUGUCUGUGUUAUCACUUGCUCGACAAAAUGCCCCAAUGAGAGGUUUGGUGAUGGAUGAUGUGUGAGUUCUCGAGAAUUUUUAGUGUUCGAUUUUUGUCGGGAACAUUAGGUGUCCAGUAAAUGCUUGGAUUAGUGGAGGACGAAGCAAGUUCCAGUUUUGUUUUUUAAUCGAAUUAGAGAUAUUGGAAUGUGCUUCCUCUCGCUGCCGAGUUUUACAGUAGAUAUUGGAAUGUACUUUCAUUUCAGAAAUCUUAUGUCUCUCUUGUGUGAACCGACUUGAUUUCCAUCUAUUUCACAGAUAUAAAAUGGAGGGAGCCGGCGAAGAAAGUGCGAAGGAGGAGAAGAAGCGAAAAGCAGAACUUGAUGAUAGUGGCUGUGACGGUUCCCUAAGCGUUAAGAAGACGAAGAAGAAGAAGAAAACACACAAGGUUGAAAUUGGCGAUGAAGUUCGUGGGAUGGUUGAAACUACUCCUAUUGGUGAAGAAGGUUUGGUGGAAACGGAUGGUACAUGUACGGAAAAAGACAAGAAUUCAACAGAGGACUGCAGCAAGAAAAGGAAGAAGAAAAAUGACAAGAAUAAAAUCAGUGAGGAUAGUAGCAAGAGAAAGAAGAAGAAGAAAAAGGACAAGAAUAAAGUCAGUGAGGAUAGUAGCAAGAGAAAGAAGAAGAAGAAAAAAGACAAGAAUAAAGUCAGUGAUAUCGAGGCAAGUGAAAGCUCCAAAAGAGAUAAGACUAGUGAAGGAGAAAAAAGGGAUGAUAUGCCUAUGGAAAACAUUGAUGGUUGUAGUGGUGACACCAGCAGGAAAAAGAGAGAGAAAAAGCGGAAUUGCGAUCCGAGAGCUGACCAUAGCUCAGUGAAUUCCGACAAGGAGGUGAAAAAGAAACGCAAGAAGAAACAUAAUGACGAGUCAGGGGCUGAAAGUAACACCGUGGAAACUGAGAGGAGCGCAAAGAAGAAAAAGAAGAAAAAGCAGGAGCAAACUAAGAACGCAGAGCCUGAAACUCCGUCAUCAAGUAAAAGCGCCAAAAGGGUGACAUUUUCUGAUCAAGUGGAUAUGUUUCCAUUAUCUGACGGCGGAGUGUCUGAGGAUGAAUUCAAAGAAGAUGAAGGAAAUGUUGAGUUGAUGAUGGGCAAACGGUUCUCAAAAGAAGAAGACGAGUUGGUUAAGGCAGCUGUUCAAGAAUACAUAGAUAACCAUGGGUUAGGAGAAGAAGGUUUAAACAUGGUUAUGAAAUGCAAGUCAAUCCCAAAAGUUAAAAACUGUUGGAAAGAAAUAGCAGCUGCAUUACCUUGGAGGACACGGUCAAGCGUAUAUUACCGAGCUCAUAUCCUGUUUGAAGGAGAUCCCAAGAGAUCAUGGACUCCGGAACAGUUGGAACUCGUCAAAAACUUUGCAGAGAAACAUGGGUCGGACUGGAAAACGCUCGCUGAAGUAAUGGGAAAACACAGGUGGCACGUGAAAGACGCAUGGAGGAGAAUCAAAUUCCCGAACAUGAACAAAAUCCGAUGGUCUCGAGAGGAAUACCAAACCCUGUUUGAUCUGGUGAACAUGGAUCUCAGGACAAAAGCACUACAGGAGAAGAACUCGAAACACGGGAUGCUUCGGGACAAUAUCCCGUGGACGGCGAUAAGCGAGCAGCUUGGAACUAGGACGCAUUCGAAUUGCUGUAUAAAAUGGUACAGGCAACUUACAUCUCCAAUGGUGGCGGAGGGAAUAUGGGAUAAUUCAGAUGAUUAUCUUCUAUUGGAUGAGCUCAUGAAACUUGACGCUGCCUGUAUGGAAGAUGUCGAUUGGGAUAGCCUUUUGGAAAACCGAACAGGCGAGCUAUGCAGGAAGAGAUGGAACCAGAUGGUUCUGCACAUUGGCGUGCCUGGUUCCAAAUCAUUCUCCGACCAAGUUGAGAUUUUGGCCGACAGGUAUUGCCCUGAUCUGGCCGAGGAUAGAGCAGCGUUUGAUCAAAGGCCCUAUGAUGAUGAUAAGGAUGAUGAUGAUGAUGCAUCGUAAGCAAAGGAUGUUUAUUUGGGAUGAAACGAGAUGGACACUUCGGUGCACAAAACGAAUGAAUGUCGGAAAAAAAAGGUCCUAAUACAAGGAUGUGCACUUUGGUGUAAUAUAUUUUCGCAAGAGACUGUUUUCAGAAAGCGAAUAUGCAUAAAUAAGUUCAGUCUACCAUCAA